AGUUACAACACACUUGUUCCAUUUCCUUGUUUCCCUCUCUAAAAAAAAUAAACUUUUUUCUACAAGAUGGUUAUUGACAAAGGAGACACAUCAAAAAAACAACAUCAACAAACACAAUCUUCACCAAAAGCAACCUUAAUAGAAUCAACAAGACCUCAAAUUGUUAAUGUUGUUAGUGGAUCCACACGUUUCAUUUCAUCUCCUCUUUAUGUUUCAACUAGUGCAACAACUUCAUCACCAUUUGAACAGCAACAACAAUUUGAAACAACCUUAAACACAACAAAAAGACCAAGAUAUAGUGGACAAUGGAAGCUUCUACCUUCACCAACACAACAACAACAAAAAAGUUCACAAAUCAACAUUCUUCCAACAGAAUCAACAACACCUUCACCAUCAAAUCCACAACAUCAUCAACAACAACAACAACAAAUUCACACUACAGCUUCUUCAUCAGACACAACUUCAUCACCUUCUCACUCACCAAUCCCAAUACUCUCAGAAGGAAACAAAUUAUUACAAGAAAGUGAACAAGUUCAUCAACAACUAAGAAAAGGGAAAUAUGUAAGUCCUGUUUGGAAACCAAAUGAAAUGCUUUGGUUAGCAAGAGCAUGGAAAGAACAAUACCAAACAGGGUCUGAUUCAUCUUCAAAAACAGAACAAAAAAACCAAACAGAGUUUGGAAUGAGUAGAGGGAAAACAAGAGCUGAUAAAGACAAAGAAGUUGCUGAGUUCUUAAGAAGACAUGGUGUUAAUAGAGAUGCUAAAACAGCAGGAACAAAAUGGGAUAACAUGUUGGGAGAGUUUAGGAAAGUUUACGAAUGGGAAAGAGGUGGAGAGAGAGAACAAGUUGGAAAAAGCUAUUUUAGACUUUCACCUUAUGAGAGAAAGUUGCAUAGGUUACCAGCUUCUUUUGAUGAAGAGGUUUUUGAAGAACUUUCAAUGUUUAUGGGAUCGAGAAUGAGAUCUUCUCAUGGUAGAACUUCUUCUAACUUUGUUUUUGGUGAUGAAAAUAGAACAAGAUCUCUUCCACCUCCAAGACCUUUCAAAGAUGAUGAUCUUCCUCUUUCAGCAGCUAGGGCAAAACAAUUAACAAUGACAAGUGGAGGUGAAGCAUUUUUUCAUGGUCAUAGAGGAAACUUAUUAGGGUUAGAUUCUUUAUUGGAAAUUUCAACACCUUGUUCUAGUUCAAAAGAAUUAAGAAGAAUUGGAAAAAUAAGAAUGACAUGGGAAGAAUCAUUGAGUUUAUGGGGUGAAGAAGGUGAAGUUUAUAGAGGACGUGUGAAGGUUCAAUCUUCAAGUUUUUUACAUGCUGAUGAAAUUAGUUUUUUUGAUGAUGCAAUGGUUCCUUGUCCUUUGGAGUGUUUUGAAGAUGGUUCUUUGAAAGGUUUUUCAGUUGAUAGAUUUGUUUCUGGACAACAAGUUAACGUUAUUGGUAGAAGAAAAUCUUCUUCAGCUUCUUCUUCUGGUUUUGCUGAAAGAGUUCAACCACUCACCAAACCAAUUCCCUUAAGAUUUUAUGGUUGGCAUGCAUUUACAGCAAUUGUUUCAUUAGACUUUCGAGACCCAACUGAAUACUACAUGGAUUGUCUCCUUCGUGUCUCAUCACAACAAUCACUACCACCCUUAUUUGAGCUAAAAAAUCAUAUCCAAGAACCACCACACGAAAAUUUUCGUUUCCCAUUAAGAAAAGAAGUGUUCGAGGAUUUACCACAAGGUAAAGAAUUUUUCUUCACAACAACCUCCGAACCAUUGGAUUGUAGAUCCAUAAUAUAUGAUAUUGUGGGCCCCAUCAUUCGAACCAACAACAAUAAUAAUAACAACCCUAGUCUCCUCCCAUUUUCUAGUAGAGAUUCUUUCAUUGGUCUUUGGGAUGAUUGCAUCAAUAGGGUCGUUUCAAGAUUCUGCCCCGAUGAUUUCGUAAUUACAAGAAAGCCCUUUUCAUCUAUUUCACAAGAUACUUUAUUGUUACAAGAUGAAUGGCCCAAUGUGACCGGUUUUGUUAACAAUUUUUGUUUAUGGAGAGGUGAAGAAUGUGAAGAAUUAAAAGACAAUAAUAUUAUUCAACAAAAUCCAUCAUCAACCAUCAUUCAAAAAUUACUAUGGACUUAUCAAGAUUUACCUUAUAUUCUUGGUUACUAUGCUAUUUCAAAUACGGUAACGUUUUGUGCACUUAGUAAAUCACAAGAAGGAACAAUUAUUAGAACCGAUUUACAUCAAGUGAACCUAACAACACCUUAUGAAAGAUUCAAAGUAUUAGUACCAUGUUUUAGAAUUGGUGUUUUGUUAUCAAUGUUAAGCAAACAUUGUUGUUCAAACACGAAGGGUAAUUUCGUCUAUAGUGAUUUUGAUAGGUAUAGUUUUGGCGAAGGUGUUAUAAUUGAAAUGACACCAAACACAAGCAAAAGGGUAUUUUUGGAAAAGAGAAAAUGGUGUUCGGUAAAAGAGGUUUAUGAAAUAUUAGACCAUAGAAUACCACACAGCGAGUUUUUAUUUAAGUGUAACGAAAACGACAUGAGUUUGGUUUUUAAGCCACGUGGCAUAAGAAUGAAACCAUUAAAUUGUGAAGAGUUAGUUGAAGCGCUAAAGUUUGUUACAAAAGCGUUAGUGGCUUUACACGACUUGUCGUUUAUGCAUAGGGAUAUAAGAUGGGAGAAUGUGAUGAAACGAAACGACAGAGAAAGGGAAUGGUUUGUUUGUGGGUUUGAUGAAGCGGCGGGAGCGCCGGAGUUGAAUAGGAAGGAGGAGGGAGGGGAAAAGGUGGAACGUGGGAGACACGCGCCGGAGAUGGAGCGUGGGUUACAUGGUGUGAAAGUUGAUGUGUGGGGUGUUGGGUAUUUGAUAAUGACGUGUGGUGUUGUUGGGGUACCGAAGAUGAUGAGGGAGUUAAUGAAUUGCUGUAUGGAACAGAAUCCUGAACAGAGACCUACUGCUGCUGAUUGUUAUCAUCACUUGCUUCAAUUACAGACGAGUUUGUUGUCAGGUGGUGGAGGUUGUGGCGGUAGUGGUGGUGGUGGAAGGGGAUUGAUGUGAUGUGAUGUUAUUGGUUUGAUGGUUUGAUUGAUUUGUGUUCAUGUUAUUGUUGGUGAUGGUGGUAAUUCAUUGUUGAAUUUAACUGUUAUUUAUUCUUAGUUAUUUAUAUUUUUUCUCAUGGGAAUAUUCUUGGUUUUAUUUGAAAAUAUUCAAUAUUUGUUGUU